CAGCAACAGCACCAACAGCAGCAGCUGGUCUGGUUCUUGUUCCACGGGGUGCUCGACGAGCUCGGACCGUUUAUUCGACAUUGGUACGUUCUCGCGCGCGAACCGUUCGGUAUGCUGUUGUGCCCUACAAUCCCCAGACUCGCUCGUACCGAGGCUCUACUGCGACCUUCCGUGAGUGAUGUGUGUUUUUCUUUUCUGUUUCUGUAACACAACAACCGUGAAUUGGUGAACCGUGUGUUAGCAACAAAGAUUUAACAAGCAUUCCACCGAAAUGGAGUUCCUUUACGUCGAAGGUUUGAUGGGCGAGAAGUUGUGAUGUGUUGUCCUCGCAGGACAUACUAAACAAGCCCUGCCCAACCUAAGCUCGUGGGAGUUGUGUGUUGCAAAGCUGGUACGGGAAAGGAAAAUCUUUGUUUUCCUUGUGAACCAACACACCAAAAAAAGUGUGUCUGUGUUGAUCAGAGGAAAAGUGUAUCAGAACUUCGAUAGCAGGAAGAAAGUUAAAGGAGAAAAAAAGAAACACCUACAGAGUGUGUGUGUAUAUGUGUGGGGAGUGUGUGUGUGUAUUCAUGGCCAUUAGUUGGGUGAGCGAAUUUAAUCGAUUUGAAUCGUGCAAAAUUUCCCUGUGCCGUUUAUACGGGUGAAUUUUCCCACCCAGUCAACCAUCGUUUUCCCGUAUUUUCUCUGUGUACUACGACGCUGUGUGAAGUAAAUCGAAGUGGAAUCAGCAAUAUCCAAGCAGUCGUGUAGUUUGGUGUAGUGAGUGAGUGAGCAUUAGCGAGUGAGAAGCAGCGAGUGUGUGUAUGUGUGUCGUGAUAAGAGGGAGUAAAACAAUCAUUUUCUCCCUGUUGUCCAAAUAAAACGGAAAAUUGUGUAUUCGUGAGCAAAAGGCGUUUGAUACGGACGCGCUCAGCGAGACAUCAGCAUACGAAAGAAGCGAAUCGUGCAGCAAACCACAAGCAUCCGGAGCAUUAGAAGCAAAAUAUGAAGAUCAACGCGUCCAAGAUGGCGACCCCGAUCGAAGAGAAAGUUGAUCAGAAUCUGAAGACCCGCACCGGGAUGGUGAUGAUAAGCGAUGGCAAAAGCAAACCGGAGCUGGCCCGGCUGCAUCUGUCGAUGGAGAUGAUCACGAUCCAGAAGCAGGACACGACCACACCCGCACCGACACCAACCAAUGCCACACAUCCGCCUAUUGAGUCGAAGGAACGAAUGGUACAGAUCACACGCCAGAAGGUGGGAGGCCUUGGGCUGAGCAUAAAGGGUGGCGCCGAGCACAAACUGCCGAUACUGAUAUCGCGAAUCUACAAGGACCAGGCGGCCGACGCAACAGGUCAGCUGUUUGUCGGGGAUGCCAUCAUCAAGGUGAACGGUGAAUACAUCACAGCCUGUCCACAUGACGACGCGGUCAACAUUCUCCGGAAUGCUGGCGAUAUCGUGGUGCUUACCGUGAAGCACUACCGAGCCGCUACACCGUUCCUGCAGAAACAAUUAAGCCGGGAAACGCCCGAGUCGGACAAUGAUGCAACGUGCGCCGAGCUGAAGGCGGACGAAAAUUGGAAGUCGGUCAACAGCAGCCGACCGGUGUCCAUCAGCUCCGAGCCGGAAAAUCGAUGGAUCGACUUGGUUUCGGUUCCCCUGAUGAUGGCGUACGUUACGAGGUACAUCUAUGGCACCGACAAGCUGCGGCCGAAUGCGUUCGAGGUGCGAGGAUUGAACGGGACCACCACGGGCAUUAUACACUGCGACGAUCUGGCCAUCCUUAGCCAGUGGCUCAAGUACAUCACGGACAAUGUAGUCGGACUGACGAGCUUGCAGAUGAAGCUGUUCAACCGAAACUUCCCGGUCGGCGAACGGAUCGAGUACAUGGGUUGGGUGAACGAGGGCGUCAUCAACAAUCACAUCUCCUGGCAGAGCUACAAACCGCGCUUUCUGGUGCUCAAGGGCACCGAGGUGAUGCUGUUCGAUUCGCCACCCCUGAACGUGACCGGGCUGACGAAGGCGAACGUCGCGUACAAGGUGUACCAGACGAUGUUCCGCGUGGUGAAGGAAUCGGAAACGGUCGACUCCCGGCAGCACUGCUUCCUGCUGCAAAGCUCCGGCCACGAACCGCGCUACCUGAGUGUGGAGACGCGCCAGGAGUUGCUGAGGAUUGAGAAUAGCUGGAACGCGGCGAUCGUUACCAGCGUCAUUAAGCUAGGUCGCAAAACGUUCGCCGUGUCCCAUCACGGUAAGACGGGCGGGCUAACGCUCGACUGGCAGGCCGGAUUUUCCCUGACCGAGGGUGCAGAUGCGGCCAUUAUCUGGCAGUACAAGUUUUCGCAGCUGCGUGGCUCCAGUGAUGAUGGCAAAUCGAAGCUAAAGCUUCACUUCCAGGACCACGAAACGCGCACCAUCGAAACGAAGGAGCUCGAGUGUCAUGUGCUGCAAAGUUUGCUGUUCUGCAUGCAUGCCUUUCUGACGGCGAAAGUCGCAUCGGUCGAUCCCACCUUCCUGAGCUCGAUCCAGCAAGCCUAAGCCUGUGGGGGUCGGUGUGUGAAGGUCGCCUACUCCCGAGCACCCGCUAUUGGGAGUGCUGUGAUGUGAUGCGCCUGUCCCCAGUCCGUGGGAUAGUGCGAUGCCGAAACAACCGAGAGCUUACAGACUUCAACGAACUUCGCUGACCAAGCUGUCAUCGUGCGCGCUAGUCGGCGCAAACUACUAAAAGAACGAUUAGUAUCACCGUUCCGAUCACGGAGCUGGAGAGGAGGGAUCUUCAGACGAGUGAUUCGUUUCGCUCCCAAUUGUUUCGAGGAGGGUCCUUAAAAACCGUGUCGGUCCGAGUGUUAGUUUAGAUUUUUCAUUCAAUGGAGCCCGUGGGCGAACUCCUAGACCAGAUAGCAACCAGUUAAAGGAUAGGUUUCAUUCGUUGUGAUUGUUGGCGCUACCAAAAGUCGGGGAGCGGAGACCUCCCAAGGCUUUCCAAGAAAUGUUAGUUUCAAGCUUCAAUGUUAAGUUCUAGCUUAAAGAGACACACGCAGGUAUACACAUAAUUGUUGAUAGCUCACCUUCAUACACAUGGCGUGACAGAUCCCCAGUUAGUAAGAUUCUACUCCAUCCGUUCGUGCUAUUGAUCCGUUACUGAAAACGCUCUCGGAAGCGGGCGAACAUCGUCAGUCCCUGUGCGGGCGCGUUGCUAACCCUCACUGAUUGAUGGCAGUAAUUUUCAUGGCGGACGUACACGUGUGUGUUGAUUUCGCACUGGCAUGAACACCGGGGAACGCUAGGGCUAGUCGUCGGCUAAGGGAGCGCAAUGAUUUAAUUGCAAAUCCACCACAAAAGUAGGUCAUUAUUGGCGGUUUCUGGUUUGCGUGCGUUUGUUGCGAAGGCGAGUAGAGUGUGGGAGAGUUUCUGUUAAUUAUUAGGUCACAAAAGCUGGAAAGGAGUGGGUAGUGAUGUAGAAAUAUUCAAUUAAUUCCACUACACACUAUUUAAAAAAAAGGAUACGCGAAGUGAGUAGAUAUUUGAAUAGAGUUUUUCCUUCCUUUAAUCCUGAUACGAUCCUGACCGCUUGUACAGUACAGUCCAACGAGAUCGAUCUAGGAAGGAUCCAGGUACACAAAUUAUACAGCAGCACAGCAUCAGCUCCCGAUGCUUCUAGCGAUAGUUUAUAUAUAUGUAGACGCACACCAGCACACAGACAUGUUAUUUAAAGCAACAACAAAAAAAACUUCCCGUAACGUAACGCAACUCUUUCAGUGCCGCAAACCGAGCACACUGAAACAUUUACCCACCAAAAAAGAAGCAAACGCACCUGGCGAUAGAACGAUAGUAUUGGGAAGAACGGGAGCGCAAGAGAAAGCAAAUCAAACCCAAAAAGCACAAUCUCUCUCUCUCUCUUUCCUAAGAAUAGAAAAACAGAAAUCGAAAUAGAACAAUUCAACUCUACUAAACUCCCAUCAAAACUUGUUAGAUAGAUAAUUGUGAGAACAAUUUUUAACAAAAAGCUGUAAAACUGAAAUAGAGAGAAAAUCAACAGUCGGAACAACAAAACUUAUUGCAAAACCAAUAUACAAUGUCUAUAACCGGAACAAGCAAUCGUCUAACCCACACAAAAAGUAAUAUUACCUACCUACCUACUACUACUACUGCUACUACUUCUCCUUGCUAACCAGCUGAGAAUCCAUUUACCGAUCAAUAUAGUCAAUAGCAAAAACUAGGAAAGCUCAACGUGUGAACAUAAAAGAAACAAAAAUCAAAUUAAAACUAUUAGCAAAAUGAGUAAAACAGAAAACAAGGAUAAAAGAGAGAAUAGAUAACAGAUUUCGUUGUACACACAACACUGACACUAAAACAAAUGCAAAAAUCUGUUUCAAACUGGGCACAACCUAAGGAGCCGAAAAGAAAAGUAAAGAAGAAUAGUUAAAUUUGAUUAAAAAAGCGAUACAAGCUAAGAAAAGACUUUCCCGCCGUGCUUUGCCGCGUGCUUGGCUACUCUUUGUUUUCCGUUCUGUUUUCCUUCUUUGUUUGCAAACUCUUUUCACUCUUGUCUGUGCUUUAAAAGCAUGGUUGAAGCUUCACGUUCAAAGUUGUGAGUUCUGUUUUCUUUAUCUAUCUAUUAUUUUUUGCUUUCUUCUACACUUCUUCUUCUUCCUCUUCUUCUUCUUCUAGCAUACUAUCCUAAUGCUGUUGUUUGAUUUAUUUUUCUUUCUUUUUUUCUAGAUAUAAAAAACUGCCUAACCGUGUUUGUCUUAAAGAAAAAAUAAGUAACUCGUUUCGAAACAUCGCUAUUGGCUGGCACAAUCUCUCUAUCCCUCGCUGUCUCUGUCUUUCUCUGUCUCCCGAAAAUACAUUUUUUCCUUUAAUACAUUAAAAAUCGCGCUCCCGAUCAAGAAAAAUAAUCUAAUUAUAUCGCUUUUUCGCGAAUUUCACCACAGUGAGGCAAUUACUUUUAUGUGUCUUAUUAACAAAACGAGAGAAAAGAAAAACCCGCACAAACACUAAAACACAAAUACAAAGUAUAUAUAUACACAUACAUAUAUAUUAGCAAAAUUAUAAUGAACAGAGCACAGUGAGAAAGAAUGAAGAAAAAAAUCGCCAAUCUCUAGCAACACGCACAUUACUGAACUGAACUGAACUAAUUUAAAAUUAGUCUACCGCAUCAUCGCGUGCAUUUUAUCGGAAUCUCUCUCUCACUCGCUCUCAAUUUAAUUGGUGAUUUGGAGAGAAAAAAGGGGGGUUGGGGGGAACAAAGUUUUACGUGUGCCGGAAAGUUUUUGCGAAACCGAUCUGUUGAUACCGAUUGCUUUAAACAUUUAAAACAAAAAAACCGUACUACAUUGUUGUUGGCCUGUUAUCAUCAUGCUUCUACGAAGUGUUUGGUGCUUGUUACUACUACCACUAUCGCUACUUGUUCCCUUUACUCAUUACCAAUCUUUACCGAUCGUUAUUUGCACCAACAUGCUGGGAGAGGUAGCGAAAAGGGCUAUACGAUACCUGUUACACGGCAAGAGCUACUAAUAUUGAUGAUCACAGCAAAAACAAAUAUUGACUUUUCGAUUGCAAAUAGGGUUAAAAAGUUGUUACAUUUGCUUUACCUUUGCUCUAUAUUUUAAUGGUAGUUUAAAAAAACGGAUUAAAGAGAAAAAAAGGGUUAAGGUAGAGAAAGGUGAUAAGAAAAGUUAUUAGUCCUUUGGCUUGAUUCGUGACAAAUCGUGUUAGUAAAGGAGUUGACUGAAGGACAACUUCAUCUCACAGCACAGCUCAUAGUAAAAAAUGUAUAUUUGGUCCCACCACUCAGUAGCCCAGGAAUGUCAAACCCUUUCGACUGGCGAGUCACUUUGCGUUCAUUACAGACCAUGUACAGAACUUUUGUACUGAUUUUAUUAUAUUUUUUCAGCAAUUUUCAACUCAAUUUAAAAUGAAUUUUAAUCACAAAAAAAUCUCAAGGGCCACCAGUUUGACAUACCUGAUGUAGCAGAUUAGCAAGCUUAGUUCCCGGCAUCCCAGAAGGAUUUAUCGGUUUGUAGUGAACUGUCACGAAUUAAGUAAUUAAAAUCUUGCGCUGCCACAUUAUUCGUGCUUAAGUGUGCAAUGUUCCAGCGGGAAAGGAUCUGAUACAAUACAGCAAACAAACAGGAUAAUCAAACACGCAGUAUGGGGAAAAUCGCCAGAUUGUGUGAGAAGGAAAAGAAAAAGUUAUUGAAAAUUAAUAGCAAAGUGGUAUAUACACAAAUAUACAACGCACUAGAAAAAAAAAGUAUUAAAUAUUUAACGGAACCGAUCUAUCCUAUACAUAAAUAUAUAUUUACAACACGAUGCUCUUACACUAAAAAAAUAAGUCGCAAAACACACACACGCCAGUGCAUCCUCUCGACAAGCUAGCCUGACGAAGCAGGCUAGAAGAGAGAGAGCGAGAGAGAGAGAGAGAGUGAGUGAGAUGGCUUCCCCACACAACCAACACAAGUGCACAACACCAUCCUUUUUACCAGACAUUUUGCGCGUGUACAGCAGAGUUUUGCCCCUCUCUUGAAACAAUCGAUUGCCACUUGCGUAUGCGUAUUUAUGCACAUUCUUCGAAUGCACCGCCGCCCAUUUUAGAGAGACAUCAUGAUAUACCAAAAACUAAAGAAACCAUCACAAACACACACGAGGAGGACACAGGCAUGGAUAGAGAAAGGAGGAUUGGACAGAACACAGUUGGUAGAAGUAAGUAAAUUAGCAAAAGAAAAAAGGAAACACCCCCAAUUCUAAAUAGCGGAACGGAAGGAAGAUGGAAAGAUCAUAUUCUAAGUCAAGUAAUUGUUUUGCGGUAGGUUUAGAGCGUAAUAAGUUAGCUAGGUUUGUUUGUGUCUUUCAGAUGAUUAACACACUCUACUUAAACUACUUUUGAUUUUUGUAUAGUUUUUCACCUAUCUGCGCUUUCUGGAAAGGAAAAAUACCAAAAAAGGGAGAAGAAAAGUUUUAAAAAGAUGCUCAAAAAAGGAGAGGAAAUUCGGGUUGAACAAGCAAGGAUCUCUCCGGCUUCCGAUACAGAGUAAAAGAACCUACGCCGAGUUUCCCUUUCCCGAAUUAGUUUAGCCAGUGUUCGAAGCUAAAAAAAAUCGAAACCCCCCAAAAUAAACACUGUAAAACUGUAA